GCAGAGCACAUCGGCCCCGGUCCCGGCCCCGGUCCCGGCCCGAGCAGCCGCCGCCUGCCAUGGGCACCGCGCCCCCCAGUGGGUCUGUGAAGGCAGGGAAGAUGCCAGAAGGAGAGAAAAUGAGACAAUGUAAGCAAGAGGAGGAGCAGCAGCAGAAAGAAGAGGAGCGCGAGGGUCUCAUCGAAUUCUACAGUUCCUACCAGGAGCUGUUCCAGUUCUUCUGCAGCAACACAACCAUCCACGGGGCUAUCCGCCUGGUGUGCUCCAAAAAGAACAAGAUGAAGACAGCCUUCUGGUCCGUUCUCUUCUUUCUCACCUUCGGCUUAAUGUACUGGCAGUUCGGGAUCCUCUACAGGGAGUACUUCAGCUACCCUGUCAACCUCAACCUCAACCUGAACUCCGACAGGCUGACUUUCCCGGCCGUGACGCUGUGCACCCUUAAUCCGUACAGGUACAGCGCCAUCCGAAAGCAGCUGGAUAAGCUGGACCAAAUCACCCACCAGACACUGCUAGACCUCUAUGACUACAACAUGUCUCUGCCACAAAGAGACUGGUCCACAUCGUCCACACAAAGGCGUAGCUCAAGGAGCCUGCUCCAUCAUGUCCAGCGCCAUCCUUUGCGGAGGCAGAAGCGGGAUAACUUAGUCAACUUGCCAGAGAACAGUCCCUCAGUGGACAAGAAUGACUGGAAAAUUGGCUUUGUUCUGUGCAGUGAAAACAACGACUGUUUCCACCAGGCGUACUCCUCGGGAGUGGAUGCCGUGCGGGAAUGGUACAGCUUUCACUACAUCAAUAUCCUGGCGCAGGUGCCUGAUGCAAAGGCCCUGGACGAGUCUGACUUUGAGAAUUUCAUCUAUGCUUGCCGCUUCAAUGAGGCAACGUGUGACAAGGCGAACUAUACCCACUUCCACCAUCCAUUAUAUGGGAACUGCUACACCUUUAAUGACAACAGCAGCAGCCUGUGGACGUCCUCGCUGCCUGGGAUCAAUAAUGGUCUCUCUCUGGUGGUGCGCACCGAGCAGAAUGACUUCAUCCCUCUGCUGUCCACGGUGACAGGAGCCAGGGUCAUGGUCCACGAUCAGAACGAGCCAGCCUUCAUGGAUGAUGGGGGUUUCAAUGUUCGUCCUGGCAUCGAGACCUCCAUCAGCAUGAGAAAGGAGAUGACCGUGCGCCUUGGGGGCAGUUACAGCGAUUGCACAGAGGAUGGCAGUGACGUGCCAGUGCAAAACCUGUACUCGUCCCGCUACACCGAGCAGGUCUGCAUUCGCUCCUGCUUUCAGCUCAACAUGGUAGAACGCUGUGGCUGUGCGUAUUACUUCUAUCCCUUGCCUGAUGGAGCGGAGUACUGUGACUACAUGAAGCACACAGCCUGGGGCUACUGCUAUUACAAACUCCUGGCUGAAUUCAAAGCUGAUGUGCUGGGCUGUUUCCACAAGUGUCGGAAACCUUGCAAGAAGCCAAAACACCUGAGGAGCAUUAGGGUUGGCUUAGGGAAUGACAGAAUACCAGCUGUCAGCUGGAUACUCCCGCUGGCCUUCUGCUGUCUCAGAGGACUGGGUUUUCUACAUGCUUUCACAACAGAACAAAUACAAUAUCACAUCCAAGAGGUGAGAGCCACAAAACAGAGACUGCAUCCAAACCAGAAACCGUCCCAGUGGAAUGUGCACGUUGGACAUGUCAGAGUUAAGAUUAAAUCACUGACGGGAAGAGAUCAGGCAUGGGGCCUGUGGACAAGGACAGUGGAUUUGAGCCAGAGUAGAUAUAUAGCAAGACUUCAGCAAGGACUGGGCACCCAAGUGAAAAAUUUUGGAAGAGGUCAGAUGCUGAUAUAAAAAUAGUAAACCCCAGCACUUGCUGUGUGUUCUGGAGUCACAGGAAGUUCUCGUGGAAGAAUGGGAAAGAGAGCUGUGCAGGAGCUUUUGCCACAAACAUUGGUUUUACAGUACAAUGUCAGAAGUGCACUCUAAGUACCAAAGACUCUAUUUAGUGCAGAAUGAGACAGCUGCAGAGAUGGCAGAAAGCCUCUGGGUGGUAUGUAUGGGAGAAGAACAGGGGGAGGAAGGGGACAGAAACAAUUAGGCUUGGUGAAGAAAUGCAGGGAUUGAGGAGUUGGGGUUGCUGAGUGUCACCUUUCACUCACAGGAACGGAGUUGCCAAAGUGAAUAUCUUUUUUGAGGAGUGGAACUACAAGACCAACGGGGAGUCUCCAGCCUUCACGGUAUACACUUU